UCAACGCGUGCAGUAAGCAAAGCGAAACUGAAGCCGACUAUAUACACUAUAUAUACAACUUAAGAUCAGCUAAAGAUCGGUAAUAUAGCAACCAACAGUGCCUGCUUAUUAAAAAAAGAAAACAACGCAGCUCAAGUGCCAAGCCGACAAAACUGCAAUAAAUUAAGACCAAAAAAGCGCCGCGAGCAGCAAAGAAAUUCUUUAUUGUUGUUGCUGUUGCUGUUGUUGUUGUUUGUGUGGAGGUUGCAGCGGUUGCACGGUUGCAGUUUCGCGUUGCGUUUUGGCGGCUACUUUUUGUUUUUGUUGUUGUUGUUGUGUUUUUGGGAAAGGUAGCAAACGCAACUAACGCCCCCAGGCCAGGAAGACGUGAACCUCAAGACGAUCUGAGAUCGGAGCCGCGACCAGUUGCCAGUUGCCAGUGGCACGCCUGCUUUGUCUACGCGUUGCUACCGCUGCCCACUCGCUCUAUCGCUGUCUCGCUCUAGCACUGCCAACAAUUGCAAACUGUGUACUAUUAUUAGCCUGAGCGCUGUGCGGUAAUUAAAGCGUGAAAAUCAUUGUUUAAAUUCUCAUAAAUUUGUGCAUUUAACACAAUUGCCCCAUGCGACUCUCACUCAAGUGCGUGUGUGUGUGAGUGAGUCUCUAAUUGCCGACAACGACUUGCUUAUGGUUCAUUAGUUACAACGCGUAUGUGUGUGCGCAUGUGUGUGUAUUCAAUUAUAUAGUAGUGGCUGCCAGUUUGGAUUAACAACUAAAGACUACUAAGUUUGGCAACAAUUUGUAAAAACAUUUAUCUAUUUGGCACUGGCUAACAAAAUGGCAGGCAAAUUGCACAAGUUUUAAACCAUUGCUGGCAACAUCAAGUACAAGCCCACACCCGCUCCACGCAGCGCCAACAACUGUUGCAGCCACAAGAUGCAGCAACCGGGCAGCAGCUACUACACGCAAACGGAGAGCGCGCUGCUGCAGCUGGAGGCUGGCGGCGCCGCACCCUAUCCACAGCAAAGAUCAGAGCAGUCGCUGGCCAGCACAUCCCAGCAGUCGACCAGCAGCAACAACCAUUUGGAAGCAGCAGCAGCAGCAGCCACAGCGGCAGCAACGACCACAACAGCAGCGACGGCCACCGUUGCGGCCAGCAGCAGCAGCUCGUCGCACUUUGUGGCGGCGCCGCUGCAGCGUCGCCACUGCCAGCCGCCCAACCACUUGCCACUCAACUCGGUGGUGGCCUCGUCGCCGCUGCGCACCGCCAGCUACAAGACGGCGGCGGCGGCCACCAGCGCCAGCGUCUAUCACCACAGCCACCACCAGCAGUUGGAUUUCCAGCGCAACUCGCAGUCGGACGACGACAGCGGCUGUGCGCUGGAGGAGUACACCUGGGUGCCGCCAGGUCUGCGACCCGAUCAGGUCCGCUUAUACUUCAGCCAGCUGCCGGACGAUAAAGUUCCCUACGUCAACAGUCCGGGGGAGAAGUAUCGUGUGAAGCAAUUGCUGCAACAGCUGCCGCCCCAAGAUAACGAAGUGCGCUACUGCCACUCGCUGAGCGAUGAGGAGCGCAAGGAGCUGCGCAUCUUCUCGGCGCAGCGAAAGCGCGAGGCGCUGGGACGCGGAGCGGUGCGGCUGCUGUCCGAUGAACGGAACUGCAAGGGGUGCGAGGAGCAACUCACUGGCGGUGACAUUGUGGUCUUCGCCCAGCGCCUGGGCGCCCAAGUGUGCUGGCACCCGGGCUGCUUUGUAUGCAGCGUUUGCAAGGAGCUGCUCGUCGACUUGAUAUACUUCCAGCGCGAUGGCAAUCUCUACUGUGGCCGCCAUCAUGCCGAGACACAGAAGCCGCGUUGCUCUGCCUGCGAUGAGAUCAUCUUCUCUGACGAAUGCACUGAGGCCGAGGGACGCACCUGGCACAUGAAGCACUUUGCCUGCCAGGAGUGCGAGCACCAGCUGGGCGGCCAACGCUAUAUAAUGCGUGAGGGAAAACCCUAUUGCUUGGGCUGCUUUGACACGAUGUUCGCGGAGUACUGCGACUACUGCGGCGAGGUCAUCGGCGUGGAUCAGGGUCAGAUGAGCCAUGAUGGGCAGCACUGGCAUGCGACAGAUCAAUGCUUCAGCUGCUGCACGUGUCGCUGCUCGCUGCUGGGACGACCCUUUCUGCCCAGACGUGGCACCAUUUACUGCUCGAUUGCCUGCAGCAAGGGCGAGCCGCCAACGCCGUCGGACACGAGCUCGGGACCGCAGCAGCGGCCAACGCAUCGCGCUUCCACCUCCAGUCAAAUAGCGCGUUCGCCGCGACGCACAGCCGGCGGCGGCGGCGAGUGCACGGGGCGUGGCAAGAGCAGUCAGGCCAAGAGCUCAGGUGGCAGUGCGGGUGAUUUGCUGGAGCGGCAGCAGCGCAAGCGCAUGGAGGCGGCGGGCGUGGCGGAUUUGCUGCUGGGCGGCGGCGUGCCUGGCAUGCCACGACCUGCGCAUCCGCCGCCCAUUGACUUGACCGAACUGGGCAUAAGUCUGGACAACAUUUGCGCAGGCGACAAGUCCAUCUUUGGUGAUACGCAGCUGACCAACUCCAUGCCCGACAUGCUGCUGUCCAAGGCGGAGGAUUCGCAUAGCUAUCAAAGCAUAGACAAGAUCAAUCUCAACUCGCCCAGCAACUCCGACCUGACGCAGAGCACCCAAGAGUUGGCCAACGAGCUGGACAUGGACAAUGAGUCCGUGCGUGAGCUGGAGCUGCCACAUGAUGGCUACGAGCAGCUGUUCGCCGCCAAGCAGCGUCACAAUCGCAGCCACAAGCAGGAGCCGGAGCAGCUGCAGCCCGAGCAGCUGGACAAUCGCGCGCCGUUGAAGGAAGUGCGCUUCCAUGCCGUGCAGGACACCAUGUCGCGCUCGAAGAGCUACACGGACAACUCCAAUGCACGACGUCGCCGCCGGCGUCGCAAUCAAUCGCGCAGCAGCUCGGAAAUGCAAAUCAAUCAAACUAAUCUGAGAUUGCACAAUGCGCAGACGCAGGCGGGCAGCGGCGCCUUGAAUCUGCUCAACAAUCUGGACAACUGCGACGUGGCCAGCAUAUGCUCCACCUGCUCCUCCUCCUCCUCCAGCGACAUGGACGACUAUGUCUACAGGCUGCCAGCUCGCAAGCACUACGGCGGCGUCAGAGUCGCCUAUGUGCCCAACGAUGCGCUCGCCUAUGAGCGCAAGAAGAAGCAGGCCCAGGCCCAAAGCAGCGAUGCCAACUGCUUGGGUGUGGGCGCCCAAUCGACCUUGCCGGCGAUUAUGCACGAGAGCAAAAACUGCACCAUAUCAUGACCACCUCCCAUGCUGCCGCCGCCGCCCUUCAAUCUCAGCAGCUACUACAUUCUGGACACCAUCCUGGAGGAGCAAAGUCUCAGUCUGCUGCCCGAGAAGAAGCCCGGCUGUCUGCGUCGGUUCUGGAACUUUUUUAGUCUGGGCAAGCCACGUGCUGGCAACGGCCAACGUUUGUAUAGUGUUUAAGUUGGGGUAGUGAAGUAGUGUGGUUAGUGUAAAUAAACAUAUCGCAGUAACUGUAAGCAGCUGAAGUGAAUAGCAGUGAAGCUGCUAACAGUGCAGACUUAAGACAAAGAUUGCAGCUUAAAGCUAAAGAAAGAUUUAGCAAUAUAUAUUAGGUGGGUUGAUUUAAUAGGUGAACAACUCUUCAAAAUUCCACUCGGUGUAUUCCACCUUCUUAUAGAAUCCUUUUCAAAAUGAACCCUAGUUCUAAGUUAAAUCACAGAAGGAAAAUUAAUAAUUCGAAAUUGCUUUGAUGCAACUUUUAGCUGAGUUCACAUUUUGAACAUCAGAACUUUAAUAAUAAAUAUAGUAAACAUAAACUAAUGUCCACAGAUAAAUGUUGAAACUAAUUGCGAGGAGGGUUCAUUGCGAGGAGGGUUCAUUUCUAUGGAAAAUAUUCUUCGAAGUUUCCCAUACCAUUUUGUCAUUGCUUUCAGCUAUUCCAUCAACCCAUUUUAAUAUACCAGACUGCAGUCUCUGCCUAUAGCAACCGAAGUGUUCCAAUAACAUAAACAUAUUAGCUAAGAAGUGGCGAUUUAGGCGCUUCUUAGCAACAAACUCUUGUACAAAGCCAGCAAGUAUAUCAACAACUUAGCAUUUAUCUAUAAAUAUUUACAACUAACUAUAGUAUAUAUGCUAACUGAGUAUUAAGUAUUGUAGUUUGUAAUGCCAGACAAAAGCAAAAACAAAACAAA